AGGCGGAAGUGUGCAGACCAUGUCUACAACGGAAGCAUUUGGCUGCUUCUCUCGCAGCCGUUCGAUCAUUUGAGACACUCUCUCCGUGGUAGAUACUUAAGGCAGUCUGAAAAAAGAUUUUGACGUACAAUGGCAAGUAAUCCCCAAGAUAACUCCUUACAAACUGCCGAUGUAGACUGCAGAACAGACUCUGAGAACGACACUGCAGAAAUUACCAAGGCAAGUGACUUGAUUUUUCUUUCUCUGUUAAUUAACCAAGCAUCUAUAGAUUUGAUUGCAAACGUAUUGCUCUCUAGUUUUGACAAUUUUCAGCUUCCAAGAUCAGAUGAAAAAUAUUUAGGGCAUUUUAAGUAUAAGCCUCUCGUAUUUAGAGCCGUAAGUAAAUAUAUCUACAGUGGAACAUCACUCGCUCGAUGGCUGUCUCCUCCUCGGACGAAAGUAACGAAAUUAGAAAAUUGAGUCAGUUGCCAGAGGGUUUCGCCACAUGUGAAUAAGCACGUAAACAUUUUUUCCUCUAAGCUGCAUCAUUAAGUGUUUAAAUUUAAUCUUAAGUUCGGUGUGUAACAUGCAUGAGCAGCCUAAAAAAAAAUACUUCAUCUUUUCGAUAAGCUUGUAAGUGCUACUGAAAGCCUUUUUUCAAUUUUUGCCGCCAAGUGCCAAUCUUUGUUGCGAAAAAAAGGAAAUCUCAAGCAAUCAAUAAUAAAAAGAUACAAUAAAAUGAGAUAAACAGAUAAAUCAUCUACAUUAUGUUUUCGUGAAGGAUUGUUAGAAUUAAAGAAGAGAAAAAUGCCAGUAACGAACAGUACGUAUAGUAUGUUAUAUUGUAAAGAGGUACGUGAAAAUACAGGCUUAUGAACUAGCUGGAGGGUGUUAUCUUGAUGAAACCCAAGUUCUCCAGUCUUGUUUAAGAGAAAAUUUAUAGCAUUCAGUGGGGAGAAUUAGUCUAUGGAUCUUGAGAGUUAAAGCAUAAAGAUUAUCCAAGUCAUUAUGGUAAAAAUUGUGGUAGCUUAAGGUUGUGUGCUGUUAUCAGUAAAGGGUCCCAGGAAGUUUAAGCCACACCCAGGUGGUUUCCCUCAGAAACUAGGGUUUAUAUUAACCCUUUCACUACCAAGAUCUCAUUGGUAAUUCUCCUUACUGUCCUCCAUACAAUUCUUAUGAUAUGAGCUUGGAGAAUUUGAUAUUAGAUCAACUAACAAUCCCCCAAUAUAUAUUGUCUUUAUUCUCAUCUCAAUGUCUGCCUGAUAUUACAGUUUUGAUAUUGUAAGGAGAAAUUCUAUCUCGGUCACUUCUGGGAGUUCAAGGGUUAAAACUCUGGUAUUUUAAAAUGCUAGUCUACCCCAUUCUCUUCAUGGGGUUUAUUCCAUUACAGUUUGGUGACAAAGGGUUUUGCUUAUGUCAUCAACUGAAACAAUAAUUUUUAAGAUUUCUCAUUUCAAUCUCUGUAACAGCCUGUUACUGCCAGCAUCUCAGUUGAACAAGAGUCUAAAGACACUGAUACCAGCAUGCAAAAUGCUAACAAAGUAGAAUCCUCCAAUGUGGCUGAGUCACAGGAAGGUCAAUCUUUAACAGAACAACAAGAUGAACAAGCAACAGACCCACCCAUUUCUUUCAAUGUCAAAUCUUCUUUGAACAAGAAGGACUUGGUGGAUCGUAUCAAAGGUGUCAUUUAUGGAAACUGUAUCGGAGAUGCUAUAGGACUUUUAACAGAGUUUAUGACUAAAUCUGAAGCUGCAGAGGUAAAUUGCAACUCAGCAAAUAAUGUCUCUAUAUGUAUGUAUAAAAUAUGUGUAUGUCUGUGUGUGUGUAUGUAUGUAUAAUUAGGUAUACCUGCAAAACUUCCAGUCAGAGUGAAAUGCAAAUGAAAUUUUUCUAAUCUUUUUUACCCAUAUUUCUGAAAAUCCAACCAUUUCUGAACACUAUCAAAGAUUUUUCAAGGAAGGGGAAGCCAUAUAUCUUGGUGUCAUCUUGAAAACCAAGGUUUUAUCUUAUAAGGUCUCUUUCUGAUUGCCUCACAUGCCUCACGUGUUAACCAUCAGUAUGUAUAUUCUCCAUACUGCUCUCUAAACAUUUAUUUGAUACUGAUAAGGAGAAUUUGUUUUUAUCAAACUGUUGGGAGUCAACCUCCUUUAAGUGACAACUUUCACCUUAUUUUGUUAUAAUUAAAAUAAAUUUCAAAUGAAAAAGCAAAAAAUCAUUACUUGAGGUAAAGUUGUGAAAUUGGAAAAUUGUAACAGAAAAUAGUCGAAUCAAAGAAAGAGUUUAAAAACUUAAGUGGUAAAUCGGAGAAUAUUAACCCUAAAUCAGAUAUGCCAUUCCCUCUAUCUAGCCAUAAUUGCACUUCUCUCCUUUCUUCAUCUCCCUAGACUCUAUUAGUCAGUAAUAAGCCUUUAUUCUUGUAUGAUUCUUACAGAUUUACAGUGAUAGAGGCAUUGUAAAUAAAGUCAAGGGAUAUUUCAGUACAAGUCAGAACAGGAUACAUUUGGAAUAUGAAAUGAAGAACAAUGAUUCUCAUCGGUGUAGAUGGGAAACUGGAGACUGGACUGAUGACUCAGAUCAAAUGAUUUUGAUUUUGCUGUCUCUGUUGGACAACAAAGGAAAGGUUAAAAAUUUUAACAUUAAUACAGUCAUAUGAUCCUCUAAAUUUGGGCUGGUUUUAGAAGGAAACUGAUUACAAAUUAAAUCCUUCUGUACUGAGUGCCAGUGACCUUCUUUGAAUAUGGAGUGGAAGCUGUACUGGCCUUGUGGUUUAAGUGCAGCUUGCACAUUGGGCUCCAGACCAAGAACUCUGGGUUUGACCCUUUGUGACAUCAGUGUGGGGUGCUCUUGGACAAGACAUUGCACUUGCACAUUGUCCCUCUCUUAUUAUAUUAUAUUAAAUUAUAUUGGGCAGUAAACUGUCUGGAAACUUGAUAAAAUGCUAGGAGGGGGGCAGAGGGUAUCCUGCAAACCUCCAUGCAGGGAGGGGGGAGUAAUCCUCCUAGUCACCUCAUACUGUAACAACCGGGAUAAGAGAUGGACAUUUGUAAUCAGUGUUGGGGGAGGUUGGGCAAAGGUAAAAUAAAACUAAUUUUAGUGUAAAAUUGUUUGACGAAAUAAAUAUGCCCACACACUUCAACCAAACAAAAAAGGUUACCACUUAGGUGUAUGAAAUAAAACCACAUCCAAGAUGAUGUGGUCCAUCUUGAAGCUCUACUGCAAAGGGCCCCCCCUGGUCCAAGUGAAGACUCUAAGACAUAAAGAGCUGUAGAGUGACUGAGGUAAACCACCUUAAAAGAUAAAAUAUGUGAACUAUAUUUGAAUACUGAUUGGGAGUGUUGGCUGUUUUAUUUUUUGCAGAUGGUCCCCCUUGAUUUUGCCAAAAAAAUGAAAUAUUGGAGCAGGAAGGGUUUUCCAGAGCUGGGUGAUAUAGGUGGAAUGGGAAUUGGCAGCACUACAUACCGUGUUUUACAUCACUCUGACUUCCUUACUGAUCCACACAAGGUACAGAUGAAUAAUCAUGAAAUAGUCAGGAAGUUGCCCUGGCCUGAGUAAUAAACCCUUUCAUCCUCAAGAUCACAUCAGUAACUCUCAUUACUGUGUGCCAUACAAUUCUUAUGAUGUUAGUUCUGAGAGUUUGGUAUUGGAUCAACUGAUGAUCUCCCAAGUGAUAGUUUUCUUUAUUCGCAUCACUUGUCUGCUUGAUUUUGUAUUGAUAUUGUAAGGAGAAAUUCUGUGUUGGUCACUCAUUGUGGUUUUAAUGUUAACAAAGGUCUCGAAAACACAAGCCAGCAAACUAUUUCAGAGCAAACUGGCAUCACUAUGUGCGAUUGAUACAAAAUAAAGAUGAAAAUUAAAGAACAAGCUGCUGAGGCAUCAUGGUCUUACGUAUCUACAGAAAAACGUACAACUGCGGAAUGGACUUAACAACUGGUUGAGGAAUAGCCUCAACAAUGAAACGGCGGUGUCAUCUAUGCGUCUGUCCCCUAAUAGAUCACGAGGAAGAGACGGAAAAGGGGUGGGGGGGAGGGGAAAUUUUAGCUUCUCAUAUAAACUUAUCGUUUAUCCUCUGCUCUUUGCUCUCAGGCAGCCGAGUACGUUUGGGAUUCUUCAGGUCGCUUUGUAGCUCCAAACGGAGGUGUCAUGCGCACUUCAAUUCUAGGAGUCCAUAACUUUGGUGACAUUAAUGCAGUGAUAGAAAACACCAAGGCGGCUUGUAAAGUUACCCAUGCAGACCCAAGAUGUAUUGCGUCUUGUGUCGCUGUGACAACAGCCAUUGCAAUGAUGUUGCAAGGAAAGUACUUUGUGGAGGAGUCUGGAAGCUAUGACGUUGAGGCAUUGAUAGAGACGGCUUGUGGUUAUGCCAGUGCUACACUUGAAACUGAAGAGCAGGUAAUUUUCGAUAAUUUGUUAUGGAGCACCUCGAAGAAGCCUCGUGAAAGCUGGUGGGAAAUGUAACCGUUGCGUAUCCUGAUUUUCAUAUAGUGCUUUAUGCUAACCAUUGAAGGAAUAACUAACGGGCUGUUACCGUAGCUUAAAGGGGGUAAGUUUAUAAAGAAACUGUGGUGCUGUGUCGGUGUGAGAGUACAACAAGAUAAUUUAGUUUUAUUAACUGAGUUGAUGAAAUUAACUGGCCACCUUAAAGACUCUAAAGAUGACGUUUGAAGCAGUAGCCCUUGGUCAGAGCGACUAACUUUAUUCAGCCCUCAGACAACCAGGGUAUGCACUCCAAUUUGUGCAAUUUGCCAUUGUCCAAUUAAACACUCCUACCAGCUACUAAGGCUUCGUGGUUCUGUGGUGAACAGAUGCGAGUUCCCUGAAGUACGCAUGCAAGCAAAGAGUUAAACACUCCUUCCCUAAGCAAUGCUGCCUAUAAAAGCGUCUCCGAACCUCACGCUCGGCUUUCUUAGUGACGGCUAUUCAGGCCUCUCUUGAAAGUGUUCCUCUAAAUGUGAAUUGUACUCUCCAAACCACUUCAUUUUUAUUUCUGGCACUUAAAAGUAUAUAUGAAAUUAUUACUCUAAAUGCGUUCUGAGAUUCGUUGGAGUAACUAAAAGUGGGAAAUGUAGAGAAUUGACUUCCAAUUAAGUGCCAAUGAGGGAGGGAGGGGGUAAGAAGCAAGUCACAGAGCGCAAUUGGUUAAUCAGGUAAUAUGCUCCGACCCCCACUCCCCCGGCGACUUAGAGCAUCAGCACGUUGCUUGUCAGUUGGUUAAAACCAGAGUGAUGACCUUGUCUCGUAAAUUGGUUUUUAGGAAGAGGGUUUGAAAAAGCACGUGUUUGCUAAGUCAUUGGAAAAUCUACAACUUGACGAACAUGGCAAAAUAGGCUACACUUACAAAUGCUUAGGCGCUGGAAUUUGGUCAUUGAGGCGAGAUGAUUUUCGUGCUGCUAUUGAGGAUGUGGCAUUUGAGGUACGUCUGACGCCUGGAAGCAAUCAAUAUCUUAUUGAAUUUUUGUUGUUAAAAAUUAUCGUUUUGAUGAGUGCAAAUGAAUUGUAGUUUCUACGGAGACUUCUGAAUUGCUAAGGGGAGUAUGAAACAUCCUCUUACUUUACGAAUAUUGUGUCUCUAUGUGUAAAAUAUUUUAAUCUACUACUCAUACCACCACUUUACUUAGUUAAGAGAACUUUGGGAGUUUGUAAGAAAAAUGCUCACGAUACUCAGAAAUUUUAUGAGUAUCUUUGAAGAUACUGGUGCGAUUUUAUUUGAUAUGUAUAUGAGAAAGUCAUUUAAGCGUAAAUCUUGAUUUACUGCAAAAUUCAGUCAAGGUUAAAUCAACACGUAUUUCUAACUGGUUCUGUAUAUUUUCUUUUUUCACGCACUAAAUUACGGACCUACAUUUCUUCUCAGGCCGGAGACGCUGACACAAAUGGCGCUGUAGCGGGGGCGCUGUUAGGCUGUAAACUGGGUGCCAGUAAACUGCCGGAGUCUUGGCUCAAUGAAUUGCUAAAUAAAGCGUGGCUAGAUGAGAAGAUUGAGAGGUAA